AUGAAUUAUUUUGACGGGACUUUUAUUAUGUAGAAACAUUCGCCAUGUUGCUAUAUGUAGCUGUUGACCUCCGCAUGUGCUGUUGAAUUAUAAUGUGACACAAGAAGUAGUUAUUAAUUUAGAGCAUUUUUGGAAACUCCAUGAAAGGAUAGCAAAAUGUCCAUUGCUCUAAUAGGAGGCCGUUUGGGUGCCAGCUUCUGGUGUGGGAAGUGGAGCAGACUUCAGCCUAUAUCCAAAAGGUUUGUCUUCUCCAGCCACCAGAUCCACCUCUCUAUGUGUUUCACAAAAACCUGGAGUUGCCCUCUGCCUCAUAGAAACGCAGCAGGUUCCAUCAUCCAAGCUGAAUCCUUCCACACGUCAUCACAGAGGCUGAAGAAACGGCAGCCAGAUGAAGCUCCUCCACGCGAACUUGACUUGCUACGUUAUGAUAUGAAGGUUCUGAAGAAAGCACCCAAACCAGCGUUGUAUUUAGGAUUUUCCGGUCUCAUACCGUUUGUAUCCGCUCCGUUACUCAUGGCCGUCACCGAGACCUACGUUCCUGAAUUAGCUUACGCUCAAGUUGUGUACGGAGCCGCUAUUGUUUCCUUUCUCGGCGGCGCUCGUUGGGGCUUCGCCUUACCCGAGGGCAGCCCUGCGAAACCCGAUUGGCUGAACCUAGCCAACAGUGUUGUUCCCACUAUAAUAGCGUGGGCAGCUUUGCUGUUCAGCCACAACAUUAUUCAGUCUGGCAUGUUAGUGAUCAUGGGCCUGGGAAUAUCGCUUCAUUACGACCUGGCACUGUUACCCACUUACCCCAGCUGGUUCAAGGCACUGAGGACAAUCCUCACUACAGUAGCUUUCUUCUCUUUACUGGCCACUAUAGUUCUUAAAGGAUUCUAUCCAGAGAAGAGAUAUCUGACCCAGGAAUAAUUUUUCUUAUUUAUAUGUAAAUCUCACUUUAACCUCAUAAUGUUUUAACCUAUACCUGUCAUACCAAGUCAGUUUUCAUCCUGGAAACAAUAGGACAAUCACAUUUGUACAAUUACACAAUUGUAUUAAUGAAUGAAAUAAUCAUAACUCCAAGAGGUACUGACAAGAACACGUGCUGCCAAGAUUGUGAAUGUUUAAAUACUGAUAUUAUCACUAUAUGACAUUGUCACACCCAUUGAUCAUUCAUAUGCAGUCAUAUUUACAACAGAAGGCAAAUAAAACAUCGGGUUCAAAUUGCUGUCUUAUUUUUCUACAUUUAAACAUGAAAUUAAAGGAAAAUGUUUAGCGGUACCAUCUUUUCCCCUCUGUAUUUAUAAUGAUCUAUUGUGGAAAAUUUUGUUUCAUAUAAUAAAAUGAAUAAUAAAUUAAUACCAGGAAAAAAAAAACAUCCAAUGAUUUUCCCUCUG